GAUGAAGAAGUUAACAAUGGUGGAAUAGCGAUUGUUUGACGACGACGAUGAUAAUGGCGAGCUUUGUCUCUGUAUCGUCUUGCCAGUUUCGUUUUGGUUUUUGCGAGUUGCCUCCUCCGUCGUUAAUUCCUUAUACGCGGCGGUUUGAGGUCCCUGGCCGGAGAUUUCCGACGAUUACGAUCAAAUGUUCUUCAUCUGAGCCGGAAAAUAGUGAGGAUUCGGCGCCUUCGCUGUCUCCCUCCUCAUCGUCGUCGUCCACGAGUGAAGUAUCGACGACCAACAGUUCGACAUACAAUUGGUACACCGUACUUGGCGGUAUUGGGAUGUUAGAUACAGCAUAUUUGACUUACCUCAAGGUCACUGGGUCUGAUGCGUUUUGCCCUAUUGGUGGUGGCACUUGCGGAGAUGUCCUGAACAGUGAUUAUGCUGCUGUCUUCGGUGUUCCUCUCCCAGUGAUUGGAUUUGUUAUGUAUGGCUUAGUAACCGCUCUAAGUGCAGAGCUUGGGGAAGAGAAUUUACCUUUUGGAAUUAGUAAGAACAAUGGGCGUUUUGCUUUAUUUGGGAUAACGACUGCAAUGGCAUCUGCUAGUGCAUAUUUUCUGUAUAUCCUUAGUACAAAACUCUCAGGAUCAUCAUGCCUGUAUUGCCUAGUGUCUGCUUUCAUAUCAUUCUGUCUGUUUUUCCUCUCUUUAAAGGAUGUGAAGUUGGAAGAAAUAAAGCAAGUUGUAGGAUUGCAGACAUGCUUGGCAAUCCUAGUAGUUGCCUCCUUGACUGCUUCUUACAGUACUGCUCAACCAAUCCCGUCACGCUCUGGUGACAUUGAACUGCCAUAUUAUAGAACAGAGAUCACAUCAUCAUCUAGCCCUUAUGCUAUUGCUUUAGCAAAACAUCUAAACUCGAUUGGAGCCAAAAUGUAUGGGGCAUUCUGGUGUUCUCACUGCUUAGAGCAAAAAGAGAUGUUUGGAAAAGAAGCGGCAAAAGAACUGAAUUAUGUGGAAUGUUUUCCGGAUGGAUAUAAGAAAGGAACUAAGAUACUCAAGGCAUGUGCAGACGCUGGGAUCGAAGGAUUCCCAACAUGGAUAAUAAAUAACCAGGUCUUUAGCGGAGAAAUAGAACUAGCUGAACUAGCAGAGAUGUCUGGAUUCAGCCUUGAUCAGGCAAAUGAGGCCAGUGAAGUACAGUAAAAUUUUGUAUUGUAGCAGAAAGUAAUUAGGUGAAUCCGUGAAUGUUGUUUGCUUGAUCAUGAUAGCUAUAGGGUGGUUCUAUACAAAUGCAAGUGAGUAAAGUCAUUGUUACUGCCAUAGGAGGUUAAGACUUCAUGAUAUCUCUUGUACCCUUCACCAGAGUAUCCAUGUUUGACCAUAUAAAGAUCAUAGGUUCCAAACAUUGUUAGGUUCUUCUUCUACUCAUAAUUUGAUCUUUAUGUGUAUCUAAUACAUAGAACUGAGGUUUAUGUAAGAGUCAGACAUGUGUUUGUAUAUACAUAUGAUGUACGGUAGAUGUAUGUAUAUUAAUAUGGGAUACUUGGAAGAAAACUAUGUUUCUGAGUCCCAAGAUUUGAUUCUGAAUAGUGUCCUUGCAUGUGCC